AUGGGAAAAAUUAGCGUGUUCUGUAAACAAACCGCGCCCUACAAGUUCACUAAUGCAGGGGUUUUAGACCCUGCCUCGAGUAAUUACACUACCCUAAACCGCACUGAUAUCAACAAUGAUAAUAACGCUAUCUACGGUUUAUUUUCCCAUCACUUGAAAGCUACUGUCUUAUUGCACUCUCAUAUUCUUCUGAGGUACUACUGUCAGAGGGAUAGAGAGCGUAUCCGUUGUCAAACCACAGCAAGAUUACGAUGUGCCAUGUCACCUGGUGUGACUAGGUCAAAGUCUGUGGACCCAAUGAGUCUCACUGUUUGCAAAAACAGUACGACUGUUGUUAUAAUUUAUUACUUUGUCUAA